AUGGUAGAGAUCGAUAUUGCGCCAGUUCAGAGUACCAAUAACAUCAUUGGGUCAAAUACAACUACUAAUUGCCCCCCAGGACAUAAAUGUGUUCCUUUAUAUUUGCUGGUUUGUUUUGCAGUACUAACAACUAUCCUCAUAUCAGUUCAUCUAUUUGCUGUUAUGAUUUCGACAUGUAUCCUGCCUCAUAUUGAUGCAGCAGAAAGUGAAGGACCGUCGGAUGGAAUGGAGUCACCUCAUUUCGAAUUGCAUAAGUAUAUUGAAUUAGCAUGGGGAUUCUCUACCGUUGUCGGCAUAUUUUUGUUUUUGUGCGAAAUUAUUGUUCUCUGCUGGGUCAAGUUUAUUACGAUUGAUGAAUAUGCUGCGUUAGCUGGUACAUGUACAAUGAUUCCUGUCUUAGUUGUGUUCACAGUGUUUGCGUGCCAUUUUUACCGUCGCCUGAGCAGACACGAAUAUCGCAGACAUAGUCGUCAAAUUAAUGAGUUAAAACGUAUGGCCCAUGCAAAUUUGAAAGGCUCUGGUUUUAACGCUGGAGAGAAUACCGUGUAG